UAAGCUCUGUUAAAUCAGCUGUUGGUGCGGAGGCGUUCUCCAAUUGCUAAUUGCAAGUGCAAACAAUUGGCAAGUUGUUGAUUCUUGAAAGGACUUUUUUUGAGAUCAGUGCCUUGCGAAGACAUUCCCAGCCAUGCUGUCCAUUGGCGCCAUGGCCAACAUCAAGCACACGCUGCAGAAGGAGCUCUUCCUGGCCUCCGGAGAACGCCUCCUUUCUGUGGUGACGGUGAUCAAGAAGAAAGACAAGAAGCCCUGCUACCUUUGCGUGGUUACCACGGCGCCACCGGUGCCUGUGGUCACUUUGUGUCUCGUCAAGCAGUCGGAGCAGCGCGAGGGCGAGUACAAGCGCAAGCGAAGUUGGCAGCUGGACGAGAUUAAGUGGGUUGACGGCCGGAACGAACAGUUUGAGACGCACGAGUUCGAUUUCCAGUUGGAGAAGCUGUAUAAAUGGUACGCCCUAAGCCCUCACGAGCGCCAAAACUUUCUGGCCGUGCUCAACCGCCAAAUCCAAAAGAGCGUGCGUGGCCAGCGUGCGGAGUUCCGGAAUGUGCCCGCAGCCUGGCUGUCGGAGAAGUCGCCGGAAAAAGUUGCAUUAGGCAGAGCGGCCCAGAAGACGCAACACACGGAUGACGAGGAGGACGAGGAAGAGGAGGCCCAGGAGUUUACCGCUUUGACAGACAAGGAGGCCAAUGAGCUGGGCAAACUUUUCUCCGAGUGCGACUUUGCCAUCAAGGAUGCUGAGCAGUUCAUAGACCAGCUGUCCCGGGAGCUUCAUGAUUUAGAUGGGGCCAAUAUGCAAAGUGUUCUUGCUUCGGAGCAGAAGGUACUGAAAAUGAUGGAACACAUCGACAACGCUAUCUCCGAGGCAGACAAGUUUGAGAACCGUCUUGACAGCUACGAGGAUAUUCUGGGCCAUGUCAAGGAAACCAUGGAGAAAAUUGGUGGGAAAAAUGCCAUGAUCGAGAUUGCCAACAAUAACAAUAUCAAGCUAAUGAAGGAGCUCAACAAAGUUAUAAGUCAACUGGACUUGCCGCACAGCCAGCAGCAGGCUCUGGAUGAACCCGAUUUAAAGACGGCUAAUGGACGCAAGGCAGCCAUUGCAGCUGCUCAGUGCCUGCAACAGGCCAUGAACAGUGAUAUAGAUCCCGCUCUGCUUCGUUUGGAGGCGGUCCAGGACCAACGCAAGCGCUUUGAAAAGUGGAAACAAAAGUUCUCGGCCACCGUCAGUCGCUUUAUGAACAACCUUUUCAUCCACUUGGGCAACGAAAUAGGGGACAUGCAGGUGACCAGCACCGAACUUACGCUGCCUAACCAUUCCAACGUCCAUCGGGAACUGACGCCUUAUACGGAGCUUAUGCACUGGGCAAAAGCAAUGGAUCGGAAGACUUACGAUGGCCUAAUGCGUGUGUACACAGCAUCGCUAAGCAAGAUUUAUGACAGAGAUGUGAGAAACUUCUUCAAUUUGGCUAAAAUUCAGGUGACGGAGAAGCUUCGAAACUCUCGGGAGGAUCUGGAUAUGUCUACGUCUUCUAGAAAGUCCGCAGUUUCCACAAUACCUUAUGGCACACUCGGAAUCAACAGGGAUCAGUGGGGUCCUGGCGUGGAGACAGCGGAUCGAAUUCGUUUCGAUGCACUGUUGGAAAAGGUUCUAGCUGAGCUGGAACCAAUUGCCCUGCAGGAACAGCUUUUCUGCAUAAACUUUUUUCAAAUGGACGUUAUCAGUCCGACGACGAAGAACACAACCACAUUGGAGAUGGAGAAGGCGGUGGACAUGUCGCAGUCAAUCAUAUCAGCAGCGGUGUCGCCAUCAGCUGAUGGUGUUCCACAGAAGCGGAUUGACCGCCAGAUUAACGAGGAUGUGCGUAAACUAAUGAUGGGUCUUUUCGGUUGCCUAGAACCUGAGUUGGUUAGCUUCAUCCAGAGCUUUGAGCGUGUAGACAGUUUCUAUUCUCUGUACGUUUUUGUGCGACUUACGCAGCACGUCAUGUCCGCCCAGGACACACAUUCCUUUCUCAGCAUGACCUUCGCGUCUGCCUUGGUACAGGUGAAGCGGAGCUUCGACCGCUUUAUGCAAAACCAGUUGCUGUCUAUCCGGGAGGCUAAGCUGCACAAACGAUCGAAGGCCAUCCUGCCCUAUGUGGAAAACUUCGAAAACUUUGCCCAAACUGCGGAGGGCAUAUUUCGGAAAUCGGAUCGCCGCACGGACAUGGAGAAGUGGUACUUGCAGCUGGUGAAUGCCAUAUUUGAAGGCAUCCAACUGCAUUCGCAGGAGCACCCCAAGACACCAGUUCAGGUAGUGCGCAUGGAGAACUACCACCACAUGUACGCUUUGCUAGCCCAGCUUAAGGUUCCUGGUCUGGAUGCCCUGAAAAAGGAGGCCAAAAAGUGUUACAACGAUGCGCUUAAAGCGUAUGUGACUCAGUACUUCGGCCGGCCGUUGGAGAAACUGAAUCAAUUCUUUGAAGGCGUGCAACUUAAGGUGGCCCAGGGAGUCAAGGAAACGGAGAUCAGCUACCAGAUGGCCUUCUCCAAGCAGGAGCUCCGCAAGGUAAUCGCUCAAUAUCCUGCGCGAGAGGUGAAGAAAGGGCUGGAGAACCUCUACAAAAAGGUGGAAAAGCACCUGAGCGAGGAGGAGAAUCUACUGCAGGUGGUCUGGCACGCCAUGCAGGAGGAGUUCAUUGCCCAGUAUAACUACCUGGAGGAGCGCAUCCAAAAGUGCUACGCCGGCGCCAUGAUCAACCUGGAGUUCAACAUUCAGGACAUACUCGCCUUCUUCUCGGACAUAGCGCGCUCCCACUGAUCUAGGGAUUGGCAUCUGAAAGUCAGGGAGCGUUUAAACCGGGUUUUAUUUUUAAGUGCAAUAGUAUUUAAAGCGCUGUUUCUGCUGAUUGCAAAAUAUAUGGCGCGUAUAUUUAAACAGAUGUGGAUCUGCGAAAGUUCAAAACGUUGAAAGAGAGGGAUCACGUAGACAAAAAUCAACGAAACUAA